CAGACGCAGUUUAGUCUGGUUAACUCUUGUUAGCGCUUAACCCAGCAUCUGUCAGCUCGGAGAACAGGUUCAUUCAUCAAAACAGUUAUUUGGUUGAAGUAAAUCUCUAUUUAAUAAUGCGCUUUUGAGAAACAUCGGCGCGUGAAAGUGACUCGUGCGCUUCGUCUGACUGAAAGUUUGUGUGAAGUUGUUCAAUCUGGAGAAGAGAUAGGAUGUUCCUUCAAAACGACGAGCUUCAAUGAAAUCAUGGUUUCAUACAUCAGUGGUAGGUGGUGGAGAUGGAAGUUCCAGAAGAUUCUUUCAGUUAUUAUCCUGCUGCUUACGUGCCUUCCAACUUCAGUAGCACCGAGCUGCUCCGAGAACUGCAAUGUGUCGCUCACCGACUCCAUGGGGUCAUUUACGUCCCCCUGCUACCCCUCCGACUACCCACCCAGUCAGACCUGCAAUUGGACCAUACAGGCCCCAGCCGGCUUCAUAGUGCAGAUCACCUUCCUAGAUUUUGAUCUUGAAGAAGCGCACGGCUGCAUCUAUGACCGCGUCAUCAUCAGAACUGGCACAGCCAAUGUCAAAUUUUGCGGUUUAACAGCCAAUGGAUUAACGCUCAACUCCACUGGAAAUGUUAUGGAGGUUGCCUUUAAUUCAGACUUUAGUGUCCAAAAGAAAGGCUUCCAUAUCAGUUACAAACAAGUGGCUGUGACUCUGAGGAACCAGAAGGUCACAAUCCCAAACACCAGCAGGAGCGUAGUGAGAGUGUCCAAUUCGGCCAACCUUCCUGAACUUACUGCAUUCACCGUGUGCUUUGAGAUUGCCCGGACAGCCGAGAAGAGCACAGAGACCAUUUUUACCAUGUCCAGUGCUGCUGGGACAUCCAUUUUGGCAUUCGAAAAGACAGCGAGAGGUAUGGAGCUGUUCAUAGGCAGUUCCUACUGCACAAUAAAUGAUCUGAUCACCAGCUCGGACAUCACCUCCAGCAUGAUGCUUAUCUGCCUCACCUGGGAAAAAUCGUCUGGCCUUGUGGCAGCGUACUCUGGAAGCGGCUAUCGGGCCAGCACCUGCUUGGCUUCUCAAGCUUACACCCUUCAGGGUGGAGGGGUCUUUCAGAUUGGAGGAAAGGGGGCAAGCUCGGUCAGUGUGGAUGGCCAAAAUAUGGAUGGCUUUAUUUACAAUUUUCGUCUGUGGAAUUACGCCAUGCCUUACUCUGAGCUAGCGGCUCUCACCUGUGAUGCAGUGGGUAACAUCUUUGACUGGGAUCAUCAGUUUUGGACUAUUCCUGGCAGUUUAACACAGACUGACAGCACGCUCAGUUGCAUCUGUUACCCAAAUUGCAUACAUAUAACACCAGAUACUACAUCUAGUGGUACUGCCAUACCAACUCAUACUCCAGUAAACCCAGGUUGUGCUUCAUCCGGCCUUGGCUGUCCAGCAACAUUAACCGUUACCAACGCAUCCAUUGCCACCACUAACAUGAUUUCUACUAAUGCAACAACCCACGCUCCUACUACCACUCUUUCACAUCUACUUUCCACAUCUACUUCUAGCAUGCCUCUAACCACAAAUUCUGCUCAACUCACACUGACUACUAGUGCUAAAACAACAACCACAACUACUGCCGCUGCUACUAACUCACCUCUGUCCAACAGCAAAACAAUUGAGGGUAUUUACUACAAGAUAUCCAUUUUGGUAAAUGUUGCAGCGACAGGCAUCCAAGUUGACACCAUGAUAGCUCAAUGGCUCAAUCAAACAUUUUACAACUGGAGCUACAAAGUUUACACUGAACAUGUCAGGGCCGUGCCUACCCCCUCUCUCUCAAGGGCUGCAACUACAGGAUAUACUUGCAUGGCCCUGCUGGUGUACACGAAUACGACUAAUGCAGAUCUGUCGGUGGGAGUGAUUACAAACAGGCUGCAAAGUGCCAGUGCCAUUGCCAGUGCCAUUGGCUUUACUUUGAACAACGUGACUGUUAGCUUAAUGGAAAACUGUAAGUCCGAAGAGAACCCAUUCCACUACAGAUGGCCCGAGAGCAGACCCACAGUCACCCAAUAUGUGCCCUGUUUCCCUUACAAAGAGCAGAACGCAUCCAGGAAUUGUAUGAUAAACACAGAAAAUUAUACGUCAUUUUGGAGCUCCCCAGACUUGAAAAACUGUACUAAUAUUGAGAACAUUACCGUUACGCAAGAGAAUGCAAUAGAUGUGGCUGUACAGCUUGCCGAUAUUACCAACAAUGAGCUCUCCAUGGAAGAAGUGACAAAGGUUGUCUCGAAAGUAAUGGAGCUGGUGAACAUCGUCAAAAUCAACGUCACCCUGGCCAACACCGUGGUCACUAUUAUCUCCAAUGUGAUGACCAGCGCAGAUAACGCUCAGCUGGCUGCUUCAGAAACAGCUCUCAAGGCAGUGGAUGAACUGGUGCAGAAGGUUGAGUUUGAUGGACCUUCAUUGACCAUUAACUCCAAAUAUCUUGCUGUGGGAAUUUCUGCCUUUAACACCAGCAAUUACAAUGGGAGCACGUUCAGUGCAUUCAUAGGCACAAACACGACAGAUCCUCAGAUUGAUUUGGAGUCUGGGGCUCAUAAUGCUUUGGCUGUGGUGACUUUACCUCCCACACUGUUGCAGAAACUGAGCAGCACAGAAAUCGAAAGAACAUCCAGAUUAAAUUUCAUGUUCUUCAGCAAGACAGGACUCUUUCAGCACUUUGGAUCAUUCAUGGAUCAACACCGUAAUGGUAUGCCGUUGAAAAGCUAUGUGGUGGCAAGCAGUGUGGGCAACUUAAGUAUUAAAAACUUACAGGAUCCAGUCAGGAUAGAGAUCGCCCAUUUGGAGUACCAGAGAGAUCCAAAGCCUCUUUGUGUGUUUUGGGAUUUCAACCUCCAAAAUGGUAAUGGUGGCUGGAACAGCGAAGGCUGUGAGGUCAGUCUGGAGUCCAACAGCAACAUGACCAUCUGCUUGUGUAACCACCUCACACACUUUGGCAUUCUUAUGGACAUCUCUGGGGCUGCUGCACAGAUCGAUGAGAAAAAUAACAGAGUUCUUACCUUCAUCACCUACAUUGGCUGUGGCCUCUCUGCUAUUUUUUCAGCUGCAACACUGCUCACAUACAUUGCUUUCGAGAAAUUGCGGCGAGAUUAUCCUUCCAAGAUCUUGAUGAAUCUCAGCACUUCACUGCUCUUCCUCAAUAUGGUUUUUCUUCUGGAUGGCUGGUUGGCAUCGUACGAGAGGGAGGGACUGUGUGUGACCGUGGCGGCCCUUCUGCAUUUCUUCCUUCUUACUUCAUUCACCUGGAUGGGCUUGGAGUCCAUCCACAUGUACAUUGCUUUGGUCAAGGUUUUCAACACGUACAUACGGCGGUAUAUCCUCAAGUUUUGCAUUGUUGGAUGGGGUGUCCCUGCUGCAAUUAUUGGCACUGUGUUGGCUGUGAGCAAAGAUUCCUAUGGAAAAAACUAUUAUGGGAAAGAUGAGAAUGGAAAUGGCACGUCAGAAUUCUGUUGGAUUCGUUCGGCUGUGGUUUUCUACGUGACAUGCGUGGGCUAUUUUUCCAUGCUUUUCCUAAUGAAUGUUGCCAUGUUCAUCGUGGUCAUGAUUCAGAUCUGCGGACGUAACGGCAAGCGCAGCAAUCGGACUCUGCGAGAGGAGAUCUUGCGUAACCUUCGCAGCGUGGUCAGCCUGACGUUCUUGCUUGGCAUGACCUGGGGCUUUGCAUUUUUCGCCUGGGGCCCGGUCAGCCUGGCCUUUAUGUACCUCUUCUCCAUUUUCAACUCUCUACAGGGGUUAUUUAUUUUUGUGUUCCACUGUGCCCUGAAAGAAAAUGUACAAAAACAAUGGAGAAGAUACUUAUGCUGUGGAAAGUUCCGCUUGGCAGACAAUUCAGACUGGAGCAAGACUGCUACUAAUAAUACAAAGAAAGUGAGUUCUGAUAACCUGGGAAAGUCCCUGUCCUCCAGUUCCUUUGGUUCGACCACUGCAAACUGGACAUCUAAAGCCAAAGCCACACUAAACCCCUUUGCCAGACACAGUAAUGCAGGUAAAGGUUUCUCCAAUCAGAGCAGCCCCAAAUGCAGCACUUCCGAUGGGGAGGCGUCCUCGUCCAUACUUCCCGUACACCAGGUCCUGGACAAGGUGAAGGGCUACUGCUCGGUGCGAUCUGACAACUUCUACAAAAACAUUAUAAUGUCAGACAGCUUUAGCAAUAGCACAAAAUUUUAGCGAGAAGGGCUGAAACCGAAGCCAGAAUCAUGUUUAUACACCAUCAUAACCCUCCGUAUCAGGAGUAGAGAAACGUAUAACCCUAUAGAGAGGGACAGCUAUGAAAGUGUGGAUUUUACAUACUGUGAUAUUCAGCUUAUACUGACUUUGUGAUCUGUAAAUAAUCAUAAUAUAUUUUACUGUUUGUUUCUAAUUUCCAUUUUUGCGUACUUUCUUUUUUGCACAUUGUUUUGUGUAUAUACUGUGUAAAUGCUUGCUACUUCUUUGAAGAGACAGCGGGACCAUUUUGUAUCCAAAGACUGAGGAUUGAAGAACAAGAUCGAUUUUUGUUGCAUCAGAGGUUGCUUUAUAGUCUUAAGCAGUUUCACUGUAAAUUAGUUCAAACUUUAAUGCUUUUAUUUUGUCAUUAUUUAAAUGAACUCUGUUUUAGACUUCACAGGAUCUACUACUGAUUAACACAUGUUGUUUUUUUACAAUGCGGUCAUUGUUUGUUUGUUUCAAUGCAUACAAUUAUAUCGGAAAACACCAACACCGGUCAGGUUAGAAAAGUAAUUUAAUCUUUCAAAGACCUCUGUUGCAUGACAAUGGAAAACAACAGCUAAACACCAAAUCAAACAAGUUCACAAGUUUUUAUUGCUGUAGUUUAAUGACAUUGUUAUUUUGACUUGGUAUUUAUUUUAAAGGCUUUUAUACGUUUUCUGUGCUUCAAGAAAGUGUCAGCAAAUUAAAUGCUUAAGGAUUGUUCAGUUUGCUCUUGUCGUCAGUGUAGAUCAUCAUUGUAUAGCGUUUAUAGAUGCUUUAUUGAAAAUGUGACAUCCUGCAUAUUAAAUGCACGUAAACCA